GUCCCCGGUUCAACUUCCGGUCCCGACUGUGGUUCCACAACACGCGUGUAGUCGAGCUGUCUGGAAACUUUGGUGCCAUGAGUGCUGAUAAUAGUGGUGGGGAUGUGUCUGUGCCUUUACGAAACGUCCUGAACUCCAUCCAGUGUAUCAGAGACCGAGUCAGAGAUGGAGAGUCCAAUGAGUCAGAUGGAGCGUUCAACCUCUCCAACUUCUGGGACACUCUGAACCAGGCAGUGAAGGCAGUGUCUCAGGAAGCCACAAAACUCAGCCUGGCCUUCUCCAAACCACCGCUGCCAUCGCAACAGGAUGGAGAGAAGUUGGCAGAGUCCGUCCUGAAGAGUGUCCUGACUCUGUCUACUGUGUACUACUGGCUACCUAAGAGCCAAGGUGUCAGUCUGCGGCGACAGGUCAGAGACGCCACAGUCGAGGUUCUGGAGGGAGUCGCACAGCUGCUAGAGGUCAUACUGAGGUCACCGCUACAGACUCUGACCCAGGAACAGUUAACAUCAACAGGAGGCGUGUGGUCAGCCUGUGACUGCUUCGCCCAGUUGCCACGAGAUAAUAAAGCAGCAGUGCUGGUCGUUCUGAGUGCUCAGACUGGAGUUGUAAAAGACGCCAUUGAGGAAAUUGAACAGGCCUUAUCUGAGGCUCAGGAUCCGUUCAGCGACGUCCUCGAUGACGACCAGGACGGGGACGAGCCACGAGGCAACCAAGACACAUACUGGUCAGAGAAGGACCGGCGUGUGAUUGGCCCCUGCCAGGGGCUGAUGAAGGCAUCAGCGGCAUGCCUGAGGAAGCUGACGACAGCUGUCAAAGCCAACGGUGAUGUUACCACACCUCAGAGCCUGUCUCAACUGGACGACCUGGCUGACAUUGCCAAAGAGAUUAGCCCUGGUGUUGAUGACCUGGCCCUCUGUCUGUACCCACCCAUGGACUACAGCGGGGUCGAGAACAACGUUUCUAAAUUGGCAGCAGUGUUAAAGAAAGUUCUGGAUAUCAUCAGGUCCAGUCAUGUGUGUGGGGAAUCAGAGCUGACCUGGGUUCAGUUCUUAGAUGGGGCCGUCGAUCACAACCUGCAAAAAACCAAAGACCUUAUUCAGCAGGACACAUAGUAUUUCUGUGCAGUUAAAGGAGUCUGUUGAGUGGUUUCAUGUGCCAGUGUGUGGAAUGAUUGGCUUCAGUGGUUGGUGUGUGUGUGUGUGUGUGUGUGUGUGUGUGUGUGUGUGUGUGUGUGUGUGUGUGUGUGUGUGUGUGUGUGUGUGUGAUGUACAAACAGAAACAUGGCUUUCAAAGAGUAUUGCUGUGUCCAACAAAUGAUUAAAACAAAGGACUCAGGUCUUGAACAUGAA